UUUCCCUUAGCAGGGAGACCACACAAGCCAUGGCUGAGAGGAAGCAGUCUGGCCGGCAAGGCGAGGAAGAAGAAGUGCCAGCCUUCUUCAAAAACCUGGGCUCGGGCAGUCCCAAGCCCCGGCAGAAAUUCUGUGGCAUGUUCUGCCCGGUGGAAGGCUCCUUGGAGAACAAGACCAUCGACUUCGACUCCCUCUCGGUGGGCCGCGGAUGUAACAAAGUCGUGGCAAAGCAGAAGGAUGUUGCCCACCUGGGUCCGGAUGCUCAGUCCGUCUAUUCCAGGCAGAGCGGGAAGGGAGGGGAACCAUCUGUUGAUUUCGGGAGAAAGGUGGAGAUCAGGAGUGCCACUGGGAAGGAGGCGCUGCAGAACCUGAAUGACAAGAGUGAUCGUCUUUUGAUCAAAGGUGGUAAAAUAGUUAAUGACGACCAGUCUUUUUAUGCAGACAUUUACAUGGAAGAUGGGUUGAUAAAGCAAAUAGGAGAGAAUCUGAUUGUGCCAGGGGGAGUGAAAACUAUUGAAGCCCAUGGCAGGAUGGUGAUUCCUGGAGGGAUUGAUGUUCACACCCGCUUCCAGAUGCCAGAACAGGGGAUGACGUCUGCUGAUGACUUCUUCCAAGGGACCAAGGCUGCACUGGCUGGGGGCACCACCAUGAUCAUUGAUCAUGUGGUUCCUGAGCCAGGGACCAGUUUGCUGACUGCGUUCGACCAGUGGCGAGAAUGGGCAGACAGCAAAUCCUGCUGUGACUACUCUCUGCAUGUGGAUAUCACCGAGUGGCAUAAAGGUGUUCAGGAGGAGAUGGAAGCUCUGGUUAAAGAUCAUGGUGUGAACUCCUUCUUGGUUUACAUGGCUUUCAAAGAUCGCUUUCAGCUAACUGAUUCUCAGAUAUACGAGGUCCUGAGUGUCAUCCGGGAUAUUGGCGCGACAGCUCAAGUGCAUGCUGAGAAUGGUGACAUCAUUGCUGAGGAGCAGCAAAGGAUCCUGGAACUGGGAAUCACAGGUCCUGAAGGGCAUGUGUUGAGCAGACCUGAAGAGGUGGAGGCAGAGGCUGUGAACCGGGCAAUAACCAUCGCCAACCAAACCAACUGCCCCCUUUAUAUCACCAAGGUGAUGAGCAAAAGUGCCGCUGAUGUCAUUGCUCAAGCCAGGAAAAAGGGCACUGUGGUGUAUGGAGAACCCAUCACAGCCAGCUUGGGUACUGAUGGAUCUCAUUACUGGAGCAAGAAUUGGGCUAAAGCGGCGGCUUUUGUUACUUCCCCACCACUGAGUCCUGACCCAACCACUCCUGAUUUUCUCAACUCGCUACUGUCCUGUGGAGACCUCCAAGUUACUGGCAGUGCCCACUGCACCUUCAACACUGCCCAGAAGGCUGUUGGGAAGGACAACUUCACCCUGAUCCCUGAGGGAACCAACGGGACCGAGGAGAGGAUGUCCAUCAUCUGGGAUAAGGCUGUGGUGACUGGCAAGAUGGAUGAGAACCAGUUUGUCGCUGUGACCAGCACAAAUGCGGCUAAAAUCUUUAACCUGUACCCGCGGAAGGGCCGUAUUGCAGUGGGCUCGGAUGCUGAUCUGGUUAUCUGGGAUCCUGACAGUGUCAAGACAAUCUCCGCCAAAACUCAUAACAUAUCUCUGGAGUACAAUAUCUUCGAAGGCAUGGAGUGCCGUGGGUCUCCCCUGGUGGUUAUCAGCCAGGGCAAGAUCGUGCUGGAGGAUGGGAAUCUCCAUGUCACUGAGGGAUCUGGACGAUAUAUCCCCAGGAAACCGUUCCCUGACUUCGUUUACAAGCGCAUCAAAGCAAGGAGCAGGCUGGCUGAGCUGCGGGGCGUGCCUCGAGGCCUCUACGACGGACCCGUCUGCGAAGUGUCAGUGACACCGAAGACCGUCACGCCGGCGUCUUCAGCUAAGACAUCUCCUGCCAAACAGCAGGCCCCACCCGUGAGGAACCUGCACCAGUCUGGAUUCAGCUUGUCUGGGGCACAGAUCGAUGACAACAUCCCACGCCGCACGACUCAGCGCAUCGUGGCACCGCCGGGCGGACGUGCCAACAUCACCAGCUUGGGCUAAGGACCGACCCCUCCCGUGCCCGCCCGGCGGACGGGGACGGGGCACCUGGAGACCCUUUCUGAUCCUUUUAGAGCCUGUGACAGUUACUGCGGGCAACCAGUGAGGGGGGGCUGAAGUAAGGCGCCUCUUUCAGUCCCCUCAGAUUCCCUCCUCAUCUUCACCAACCCCUCUCACUUCCCCCCUCAGCCCCUACACAUUUAAAGAAAUAAACCCUGUUUUGACACCUCUGACAUGCGAAAGUAAAUGUGAAGAGGAUGUUUGAGAUAUGUGGCCUCUGUCCCAUUCAGCAUCUUUCUUUUAAUAAAGGAAGGAUAAAGUGAAUUUCCCGGGAGCUGCCUUUAAGACACACACAAAAAAGGAAUAAAUAAAUAAUAAAUGUAAAAAA